AUGCCUUCGGUGUACUUAGUUGGAAGAGGUGGCAGUUUAGGCAUUCCCAUAAGCAGAGAUUUUGGUGGAGCUAUUAAAGACCGAUUUAACGAGAUCAUUUCGGAGAAGAGUAUGAUUACAACAUAUAACGUACUACUGAGCGAGGGCGACGUCUUCGUCGAUCACGUUCAUUCGGAAUUUCUUCGACGGUUGUCCCUAAGUAGAGAUCCAGUAGAGAUGUUCCACAGAGGUGAAGUCGCCUAUCAAAUCGUCUACGAGAUGAAAGAUCGAGGUGGUCUCCUAACCAAAUUAGACUUGGCUGGUUAUGAGGCAACAGUUGAAAGAGCGCAAGAGACGGUGCUUCCGAACGGCUUCAUCCUAAAAGGGCCCCAAUCGCCGUCGGCAUUUUUAGCAAUCAGCCUUAUAGUGGAAAUAAUGAUGAGUGAUCCGGAUUUCAUGCCCGACGAACCGAUAGUGAACAAUCUACGAUUACAUCAUAAUGAAACGACUGGCUUCUUAAGCGAAGAAGCGGAUGUCACAAAUAUGAUGAAAAACUUGAACGAUCAGAGCCAGAGUUCGGUUGGAUCUCAUAUUAAUGUGAUAGACCGCGACGGCUUAGCGGUCUCACUCAGCUCUUCUCUGAACAGCAAGUUCGGGUCGAUUCGGCGCUCACCAAGAGGCGGUUUCGUCUGGAACAACGACAUGUCGGCGUUCAACAUCCUCGACGACGAGGACGCUGAAGAGGAACACGUGAAUGGCGUCGCCGGCAGAAAACGGCCACGGACAUCCAUGGCUCCAUUCAUGCUCUUCGAUGACCGCGGUCAGUUGCUAUCGUCGUUUGGUAUCACAGGAUCGGUGAAUUCGAUUCUGGCUGGUGCUCAAGUGCUUCUGAACAAUAUUCUGUUCAACAUGGUGAGCUUCCGCAUCCAUGGUUCUCAUAGCAGUUGA